UAGAAAAAGGGAAUUAGGACACGGCACUCGAAAGGAAAUAAAUAUCUGGGUUUCUGCACGCAAAUCACACAGAAUCAAACGAAGCAAACCCGAAGGGCACUUGGAAUUCUUCAAUUUGCUUUCGUAACAGAGAAAAGACACAGAGGAAUGGGAUUUGGAUCAGAAACUGGGGAUAUUUCGACGCCCAGAAAAGCUGGGUUUCCCUCUAUUGCAGAAAGUCGGAAAAUUGUCCGAGCGGAGUGUGUUCAAGAAGGCGUUCGUGAAGCAACCAAGGCAGCUGGCGUUGCAGCAGUUAUCAGUACUGUGGCAACACUGGGAGCCGUUCGAUAUGUUCCUUGGGUGAAGCAGCAUAUCAAUUAUACUGGUCGGGCACUCAUCAUUUCUGCAGCAUCUGUUGCUGCAUUCUUCAUUACAGCUGAUAAAACCAUCUUAGAGUGUGGGAAGAGGAACACAACUUAUGAUAAACCAGUGUGAGAAGCUGGAUUUGAUGUAGUGCAGCUGUUUAGUCCUGACGAUGUUUUGUACAUGAUGUUGCAGCUUGUACUGGUCCAACUACCAAUGUUUUCCAUUACACGUUACAGACUUCUUUUCCCUCGGGUGAGCAAGAGAAGACGGGCAGUUCUUAAGAGAGCUCUAGUUUCCCCUUCUGGGCCAUUCUUGAAUGGAUUCCUGGCGCCAUUAUAUUUUUAGUAGUUUUGCAUCACAAUAGAUAAUAAGACUGGGGGAUGCUCACUGUUUUAGGACGCUUUUGAUUGGAUUAUUAUGAUGACUGUGCCCUUGUUUA